AUGAACAACAAUAUUGAUCAGCUUUUAAGAGGCAGACCAAAAAUAUUAAAAGGAAGUUAAACAUUAAUAUAAAAUAAACCUACAUAAGAUUUUAGUUUGAAUUUAGAUAAAGCUUUAUUUACUAUGCAACCAGCACCUAGAUUGAUUGUACCAAAAGAAUUGAAUAUGGAAAAGAAGAAAUAUGAAGGAUCUGUAGAUUAAGUAGAUAUGUAAGAAUAAUUGUUGAUUAGAACUGAAUAAGAAUAUGAAAAACUAAUUCCAAAGAAAUCUAAAGAUCCUCCAAUUACUAAUAAAGAAAUUGUUAAUGAUAAAUAAGAAAUGCCUACCUAUGUUUUAGAAGAAGAGAAGACAAAAUAAGUAAGUAAAUUGAAAGAUUAAGUUUGUUAUGGAGGCUUUAAGUGAAGAGUUGGCUAGAUUAGAUUCAAACACAGAGAAUCUAUUACGAAGUUUGGAUUAAGAAAAAGAGAAGAUGGGAUUGAUGAAAUAAUAAAAUGAUGAAAUUGAAUAAUAAGUAAAAUAGAUGGUUUAAAAUAAAAGGUUAGAAAAUAGAAUCUCACAAUUGGAAGACUAAUUAAGGUAUUUUUAUAAUUAUAAUAUCAAAGAGUUCCUAAGGAAUUAAAACUAAAUCUAUUAAAUGCAGAUUGGAAUGUAGCUAAUGAGAGAAUUGAACUUAUGUUUAAAGAAAAUUAAGAUCUUUUUAAUGAAGCUGAUAUGAUUGCUCAUGAGUUUGCAAAAUAAUAAUUGGAAUACGAAAAUGAUUGA